GCGCCGCUCUGACGUCCAAAGGUCCGGGAGCACGGCGUCAUUGGCCACCGGCCUUUAUGUGCAUUCCCUUCCGCCUCGCGCCGCUUGAGUAGUGGGGAGCAGAAGGUCCCGUCAUGGAGGACGCUGCAACGCUCGGGCGGACUGAGGGGGUCCCUGAAAACCAAGUUCAGUCGGCGACACAUCUGGGAGGAGCCCUGGUGGAGCUCACGCCGAACCCCGGCGGCAUGGCCCUAGUGAGCCCCUACCACACCCACCGGUCCGGGGACCCCUUGGACCUCGUGGUGCUCGCAGAGCAGGUGCGGAAGGCUAAUGAAUUCAUCCGAGCAAAUGCCACCAACAAGCUGACAGUGAUAGCUGAGCAAAUCCAACAUUUGCAAGAACAAGCCAGGAAGGUAUUAGAAGAUGGUCUCAGAGAUGCUGACUUGCACCACGUAGCUUGUAAUAUAGUGAAAAAACCUGGCAACAUUUAUUUCCUUUAUAGACGGGAAAGUGGUCAGAAGUAUUUUUCCAUUAUAUCUCCAACGGAAUGGGGGACAGGGUGUCCACAUGACUUCCUUGGUGCCUACAAGCUACAGCAUGACUUUUCCUGGACUCCGUAUGAGGACAUUGAGAAGCAAGACGCUAAAAUCAGCCUAGUGGACAAGUUGCUAAGCCAGCCAUUGGCCCUGUCUCUGAGCUCUGAACCCAACUUCCAGAGACUGACUCACUGAGAGUAGACGCUGACAAACGGCUCUCACAGCAAGGACCUGUCACCUCCUUGUUUCCCCCAUUCUUUGCCUUAAUGGGAAGUGACAUGAGAAUUGAGAGCAUGUAUGUGAAUCAUGACCCUCUGUGAUUGUAAUGCUGUCAUUACUUUUAGUUGGGACUGUAAUGAAUCACUUGAGAGAUUGGGAGAUCCUCUCUGGUGCUCAGAUACCCACCCAGUUCGUUUCAGCAUACUAGCCAGUGUACUUUACUUCAUUAGAGAAAGACAAGUUUCUUCUUCCCACAGAAAGGUUGGCAAGGAUCUCCAGAGGCGACUCUUUUUAGUUUUUUCUGUAAUUAGUCUUGAAGAUUGGGUUUAGGCUACUUAACAGAUGGUGGAACUCCAGCUUCAAAUUCAUCUGGGAGCAAGAAUGAGGGGUAAUGGAGGAUGGUAAACAAAUUAGUUUAGCUGCACUAGAGAAUUUGGGAUUCUGAUAUUGCUGCACUAUUAGUGAGGUUUGGCCUGCCCCUUCUGCUCUUUCUGUCUUGCUAGAGUGACCGGAGUAUCUGAGGCAGCAGCAAUAGCCAGGUUUGGGGAGGGUCAACCUCUAAACUCACAGAAUUUUAAACUCACAGAGAUGUUGGAGGCUGCUACUAACCUUUAUAUGAGUCCUCACUUGAUAGCCUCACUGAGGAGGAGAUGCAGAGUUUAGCCAUCUGCAGCAAGACAAAUCCAUUUAAAUAAGAACUUUAAAAUACUGUGGAAGAGAGAAUGGGGCAGUGGGUGAGAAGAAAAAUUGCCAAUUCGUUGGUUAUGAAUGAACUUAGAUCAAAACUCAUUUUGACCUAAAUUGUUCAAGAACUUAACAGGCUUUCUGGCUGAGUUACUAAACCUGAUUGGACUCUUGUGGGAACCCACCUCACUUCCUGUUUAUUCAGUGGAAUUAAUGAAAUUUAUAGCAUAUUCAGCAUGGCAGUACUUCCUUUACAGCGUGAAUUAAAAGUAGAGAUGUGUACUUGAAA